AUGACUUCUUACUGUUACACCUCAGAUACUCCAAAUGGUUCCAAACAUCCUUCCACGUCAAAGGAAGGCCCUAACCCAAUCAAUACUCAAAACCGAACCUACUUGAAAAAACUGGAUGAGCUGAUGGCCGACACAAGUGGCACUAUAGAGCUACAUUAUCUCAAGACGCACUUCAUUGGUCCCUCGGGUCUUGGAAAAACGACCACUCGACAGCGGCUUGUUGGAUCCAUUACUAACCUGUCUUUGCUGCCCGAAAAUCAAAGGAAACGCUGCAGUACAUUACUAGCCGAGUGUGAACAAGUAUUGGCCUUUGUUGACAAAUCUGGAACAAAGCUUGAAUUCAAAGCAUCUUCAAGCCUAGAGGAAGAAACACAGUUUAUCUUCUCUUACCUUAUGUCCUGUGAACCUAUUGAAGACAGCACUGUCAGUCCACCUAAGGAACAGCCCACAAAAGAAACCACUGACCCAAAGAAGCAAACUCAACUCAAGAUCGAUGAAGCUGCUACUGCACCCAAAGAAACGGUAUCACCAACACCUAGGCAAACACCAGAACCACCGAAAAAGGUCGGGAAAGUGACCACUGUAGAUGUUGAAAAGGUUGUGUCGAGACUUCGGAGUAUUGUGGGUUCAGGAGAGUACACUAAAGAGCUGCUGAACAAAGUCCUACUCAAUCUGGUCGAUAUAGGUGGGCAGCCUGGAUUUGUGGAGAUGUUUCCUUUUCUAAGCAAAGGCGCAGGGAUUUUUCUGGUAUUCUUUCGACUGGACAAAGACCUCGAUGACAUGUGUCAAGUCUCCUACGAACGAGGAAAGGACAAGAUCAUUCAACUUACACAAACAGAGAAACGCUCUCUCAAAUCCUCUCAGGUACUUUCAAGGAUGAACUGGCAAUGCAAAUCAAAGUCGAUCUUCUAUACGAGAAAUAUUGUGCCUCAACAAAAGCUGUCUGCAAGAGCGAUUGUCUGCAAGAGCGAUAGUACCACUGCCAGCAAGAGCCUAGAAGAACACGAACAAAAGAAAGCAAUUCGGGAUAUUUUGACUCAAACAAAGAGUGAUAAGCAAGCUAACGUCAGUGCAGAAGACACGGCUGCCAUUGAGCAAACAAUCAGCCAAAACCUCAACUCAGACCCUUUCAAUAAAUGUGUCCAAGACCGGUUAGAGCAAAAGUUGACGGAGAAAAACGAAGCUGUGAGCACGAUUACCAGCAAGUUUGAGGAUUUACUUUCUAACCCAAAGGACAAGAGGUUCAUAGCAGUGGACAACUACGAAGGCACUGAUUCUGAUAUGGAACCUCUUCGUGAACAUCUUCAUGGCUUAUUCAGUAGCUAUUUCAAAGAUGCCAAGCUUCGCAUUCGCCCACAACAGCUUUUGUUUGGAGUUGUACUGAGAAAAGAGUAUGACAUUGUGUCUAUGGAAGAAUGUAUUCGUAUCGGUACCGAGGGGUUAAAGAUGAGAGAGGAGGAGGUUCGAUUCACCGUUUGGUACCUGGAUCGGUAUGUUGGAGCUUUAAUCUAUCAUCCAGAGAUCAAGGACAAAUGGUUUAGGAACUUUGUCAUUUGCAACCCCCAAGUGGUAUUCAACAGCCUCAGUGUUCUCGUUGUCAAUCCGCUGCUGGAGCUCCAUUCUGAAAUGAGCAGUAUUCACUUCAAGGAAGCUGAGAGAAAGAAUUGGAUACUCAAGGGGCAAUUCUCACUGAAAACAAUCACUCGAUGCCAUUCGGAAGAAAACCAGGGUGUGAAGAAAGACCAGUUGAUUCCUGUUGAGAAGCUGCUCAUACUGCUCGAGCAUUCCCAUCUUUUGGCCAAAAUCACAGCAGUGGUGAAGGAAGGCCAUACCACAGAAAAAAUCGAAACGACGUAUUUCAUCCCUGCCAUUCUCAAGUGUGCAUCUCCCGAGGAACUAACGAAACCACCCACCACUGGCAUUGAUACACCCUCUCCAAUCAAGAUCACAUUUGACCCCCAAUACGUUCCCACUGGAAUAUUCUGUGCCAUGAUCAGUGAUUUGGUCUCAAGGGGGAGUAAAGGCAAGGGCAUUCUGGGCAUGACUUGGAAACUUGCCACUGAUUCUCCAGUAAAGAGAAACCUCGUCUCCUUUCACAUUGACGAAUCUGCCAAGCAUUUUGUUACCCUGAUUUCUCAGGUUGAUAGCUACGAAAUACGAAUUAUUCGAAAAUGCAAGGACCAUACGAUGCACGAGCUUUGUUCCUACGUCCUCUCAACCCUCCUGUUGGUGAUGAAGGAUAUUAGUCCACUACUCUCUCCGAUUAUUGCCUUCGACUGCUACUGCGGCAAACAUGAAGAUGGUUCCAAGCUUUGCCUCCUCACAACAGGAGUUGAUCCCUGCUUUAGCUGCACACACAGAGUCUCUCUGAGCCCUCACCAAGAAUGCUGGUUUGCAAAAGAAGUCAGCCUGGGAGAGGAUGUUUCUCUACGGGCCUUGCCCUUUGCCUCUAACCAAGAGUUGAGGGACAAGAGCCUCUCCUUCGAGUGGAGCAAGAGAAUACCUGAAAUUAACUGUGAUGAACACAAAUUGGAAUUCAAAGCCUCGUCAAAUGGUCACUUCAAGGGCUUUAUCAGUUGUGAGAUCUCCAAGAACCAGAAGCAUUUCUUUACCGUGUACCACUGCCUGAGAAAAAGUAUCGGUAAUGCAGUGACUCCACUAGCCACUCCACACACAACCACUCCGUCAGUUCAACAACGUGAGACAACAGCGACUACAGCUCAGUUGAGUCAAGAGUGCUCGGAUGAAGCUCUUCUCCAGUUGUCUACCGAGAUAGCUGGCUAUGACAAAUACAAGCUCAGGCUGGGCCUCAGUGAUGCUGAGAUUGAGAAUAUCGAUCAGACCAUUGAUAAUAUCCCAGGGAGAUUUCACGCUGCUCUAAAGAAGUGGAAGAGUAAAAGCAUCAUUUUCGAUAAUCCAUCGAAAUCGUCAGCUACUUACGGUCGAUUAGUGGAAAUUGCCUCAGAGAUUGAGGACGGAGAGGCAGUUCGCAGCAUUCACAAGGCCUGUGUCAAGGAUACACUUCAGCCACAUAAGACGAUAGUGACAGCGACUGCAGCUCAGUUGAGUCAAGAGUGCUCGGAUGAAGCUCUUCUCCAGUUGUCUACCGAGAUUGCUGGCUAUGACAGAUACAAGCACAGGCUGGGCCUCAGUGAUGCUGAGAUUGGUGCUAUCGAUCUGACAAUUGUUGGUAUUCCAGGGAAAUUCCUCGCUGCUCUAAAGAAGUGGAAGAGUAAAAAUAUUCUCCAAUUCAAUCCAUCGAAUUCAACAGCUACUUACGAUCGAUUAGUGGAAAUUGCCUCAGAGAUUGAGGACGGAGAGGCAGUUCGCAGCAUUCACAAGGCCUGUGUGGAGCAUACCAGACUGGAGGUAUUGCUGACAUUUCCUAAUGCAUACGUAUAUACAGAUCUUCUAGAGCGCAAAAGAUUAUUGGGAUCAGGUGAAGAAGUUGAAACUCUGUCAAACCGUCUAAAACAAGGAGAAUAUCUUGUGGAAAUCAGUAACAAAUCUAUGAAGUUUAUCAAUUUUGGAAUUAAGAUUUCUGUCCUGGAAAAUUCGCUACCUGAAGGUAUCGAUACGUGUGUCUUACACAUAUCCUUUGAGUUAUCCACUGACUUUGAGACUCCCGCUAACUUUAAACUACUCAGCUCAAUUUAUCGUGUGAAAUGUGAGCCCAAAGUACAGUUUAAGAAGCCUCUCACCUUGGAAAUACAACACUGUGCGAGUUUAAGCUCUGACCACCAUCAACAAAAGUUUGUCUUUGCUCGAGCAACAGAUCAGAGCAAAAAGUUUGAGAUCCUGGAGGGUGGACACUUUCCUAUUGGUGAACGCUAUGGAUCCAUCCAGCUUACUCGUUUCAGUCGCCUCGGUGUUUUCAUUCGUAAAGUAUUUGGCUUUCCAACUGAGAAGAUGUACAGUGCCUUGCUGUUCAGAAAGAACUCGCUCCCCCAUCACACAAUUGACGUGAAAUGUGUGGUAUGUCAGGAUCUAGCAACUCAUGUAAAGGUAAUUAGAGAGGAGUUAGAAAAAGAUAGAUUCACAAAAGAAACGGAUCUAGAUCAAAUUCAAUUUGAAAAUGUGGUGGAGGUGGAGCUGCGUUCAGAGAAUUCCGAGCUUUGGACUGUUGAUAGAGGAUCAUCCACUCUGUCCAGAGAUCGUAUUGAGGGAUACUCAAGAGUGUUGGGUUCUAAUAGACAACUUGGACUUGUUCCAGCCAUCAAUUAUAGAUUUAAUCUGAACGGAAAUUUGGUUUCUGAAUCAGUAAAAUUUUGGCUGAUGAGAACCGAAGAGAGCCAUCGUUUGGCCCUACGUAUUCGCUGUAAUGCAGUGACUCCACUAGCCACUCCACACACAACCACUCAGUCAGGAGGAUUGUCAGCAGAGGAGCAUCCUAGCAAAAUUGACCAAACAGUAGAAAUUCCAAAACUGUUUCUGACUGGAGCUGAUAUCCAAACAAUUCGCGAUAGUCUCAAAAAUGCAAGCAAAGAUUGGUUUGAUUUAGGAUUGGCUCUCGGAAUGAAUAUUACUGACUUGAAAGACAUUGAAGACCAACACGCUAGUAACAAACGCCGCCUAACAGAGAUGGUGGUCAAGCGUCUUGAAGUCACUGAUCCAGAACAUCCGAUGACAUGGCCUUACAUAUGUGAAUGUCUAAGGAGUCCUACUGUUGAGCGUAACGAUGUAGCCGAGAAAAUUGAAGAAAAGUAUGUGAGGACAGCAACUGCAGUUGCUCAUAGUGCCACCAAUUGAUCAUGAGAACCUGACAAGAUACUGAAAGGGACGAAUAAAGAUGUCAAGUAAAGAAGCAUGCAAGAAUAUUAAGUAAAGAACUAACUCUGUGUUGACUAUAAGUACUGACUAUUAUAAUGCUCUGUGUUCUGUGUGUGUGUGCAUACAUGUAUAUAUACCAUCACCUUCUAUUAAUUUUAUAACAUUUUUAUCAUUUCCAAUUUUCUAGUCUAGUGACCCUUUACCAUUCUUGUUGGGUAUGGGAUCACUUCAGUUGCUUCUUGUUAACCACAUGACCUCAUGAUCAGAGAGAGCUAGCCUCGAUCCCAGGCCGCUCUUCCUAGAAGAGAGGCUGAGGCCUUGUGAAGGAGGCUAAGAGAGAGCUAGAGUGUCUCAAGGCAUGAGAGCUGAAGGACCAUGCAUUGCAGUCCAGUAUUAAUGGUGGUGGAUAUGGUGGCUAGUCUGCAGAGGGAGCUGGACAAUGCUAGGGUGAGUAUAUAGUGUCAGGUCUUAUUGAGUGGACCCAGAUACUCUCUUUAUCUUAUGGAUAAUUAAUGGAACCCCCCUUUCACACAAAAGAACCACAGUAGGUGUACCUACCUCCAAUUAAAUGCGAAUAAUUUUUCACCUCCAAAAAAAAGCAACCUAGCUCUGGCAGAGGUCUUAAAAGUGUCACUUUAAAUUGAGGUCUUAUGGUAACUGUAUUUAGACCAAGCAGGACCAAACACAGUAUAUUACUCUUGUCUGCUUUAAAUGUGUUUGGAACGUCCAAUAAUGGUGUUUUUAGAUCCGUGAUUUAUUUCAGGCCCAAAUUGUCCAUAGCUUGGGCUAUAAUUAUAAUUAUUAUAAAUGGGUGCAUGUACUUUUCAGAAUUUUAUAGCUAAAUUUGAGGUUGUGCUACGAACAUCCGAUUUCAAAGAGUUGUGAUACCGUCCCUCACAAGGUAAAGGAAGCAUGCACCUGGUCAAUAUUUAGUCAAUACCUUUUGAAAAUUGAUAAUUUACUUAUUUCUAUACACAUUACACCCUCCUCCUACAUUGUUUGCAUGGUAACCUCUCUCUCUCUUUCUCUCUCUCUUAGGUGAACUAAAGAGAAGUCGCAGUUAACAAGAUAGCCAGUUGCUGGGAUGUCACGAGGGAACGAGAAAUCAGUUCUCUAAAGUCCAUAGUCUUGAACAUUAAUUUUGAAACCAUCAACUAUUAGUCUAGUAACAGUUGUGUAUCACAUGCACCCUCUCUUGCUAAAUAUUAUUUAGCAGCAAUGUUAUUGAAAAUAAA